AUGAGUCAAUACCAAGGAAGCAUCUGUCCCACGUUUGGGGCUUUGCCUAUCGAGCAGUAUCUUCUUAGGAAAUGGGACUCAACUUCAUCCCUACCUACCAAUCAGCAGCGAGACCAGCUUAUACAAGCCUUUCUGCGUGAGGAUGAUAUCUCAGCUUUUACAUCUUCGACUCUUGAUGUUAUCUCAAACGGCAAACAAAAAUUAAUUCACAAAGUUAUCGUUCCGUGGCGAUCACAGAAGCUUCGUCGUAUAGCAGAGAAAUACCUCCCUGGUAACAACCUAUAUGAGAAGUUGGUCGUCUUACGCACAUUCUAUGGUGGAGUCAAUGACGAUGCCAAGUUUCGUCGAUGGAUUUACGACGCAGCAGCUGCUUUUGAGACGAUCCUCUCAGCGAGCUGUUCAGAGAUACCGAAGAUCACUGGUGGCGCAUCCUCGACGAUGCUUCACUCUUCGAUACUGGUGAUCAGGGCUGAGAGAACAUAUAUAAUAGCAGAGGUCAAAGAGGAAGUAUCAGCCGUUGUAACUUCACGAGAGUCUGAAGAGGACGACUACGAGGAUGCUAUUGCUCAUGUUUCAGUUUCCAGUUGCUGGUUACUGGUGUUUGAUCGAGAGUCGUUUGAGGAUGAAGAAGUGCUUCUCGUGUUUAGGGAAAAGAGCGGUAAUGUUGUCAGGCAAUCUUCCAUUAAACCAGGGGGUCUGGAACAUAUUCCUCACUACAUCAUGCGUGGAUCAAUCACCGAGUCUGGAAUUUGGCGCGAUGCAGAAGUUGGGGAGAAGUACAAAAGCAAAGGAAAGACAAUGAGAGAGAUUUUACCUGGGAUGAUUGCAGAAGCCGAGUAA